CUUCCCUUGCCUGAUUAUUGUUGUGAAGGAGAAAUGAGAAAUAUGCCUGACCCACAAAUACGAACAUAUGUUUGAAGUUGGAAUUCACAUGGUUAUGCAUCCCAUUCAGUGAACCUGACGAAGUCUUGGUGCGAGGGCGACAGCCUUGCAGCACUGCUCAUCACAAUACAGUUUCCGAAGUCCACCUUCUCGGUAUACUGUAUUACAAGUCAGCAGGAUCCUGACCUGGGUAGCGAAUCCUAGUUAUGCCGGAAGAACAGAUUCGGGCAAGCGCUAGGAAAGGGACGAAGAGCUGCACGGAAUGCAGGCGCCGGAAAGUCCGAUGCAUUCGAGUCCCUGAAGACGCGCAAAUCUGCAGAUCAUGUGAAGAGCGAGGUUCAGCUUGUAUUCCGCAAGAAUUUAGUUCCCAGCCCGUUCGACCAUACAGAGUAUCUUCACGACAUCGUAUAUCCCAACUGGAGUCAAAGGUCGCCAGCUUAAGCAAGGUCGUGCGUGGUAUUGAACUCAAGCUCGGGCAUCAACCUACAGAGACCGCGGAAACCAUUGCUGAGCAGUCCUCAGCGACAGAUGACUCUGACGAUGAUCCAAACGUGUCGGAUAUCAUCGAACCAUCUCAUCUCCGCUCGCUUUUCCAAAAUGACUGGCUUAGUGUAGACAAGCAACCGCAGCACGAAUCAUCACAAGUACACAAAGCAAAGUCUACUGCAAAUCUGACAGAUAUAGCGAGGCAUGUGCUACAGAAGUUGAUUCCAUCAAAGCAAGAAGUUUCGGAUCUUGCUAGCUCGGCAUUCGAAUGGCUUUACCUAUUGGAUGCUCUCUACCCACAGCCGUUAGCUGUCAAAUCCAAGCAGGAAAUGCUUGAGACUUACGAAGAGAUGCAUGCACUAGAUGUUGAUGCCCUAAGACUUGCAUCGUGGCUGGCCACUCUCGCUAUCACAGUUCAGCAAAGUCCCCAAGAGGGCAGCAGUCCACCAUCCGAGCUCGGGAAGUACUACCAGAGAUGGCUCGACUUUUCACGGAAAGUCUCCGACACAGUUGAGAGUUCAAUUCUAAGUCAUGAUCCACUUCUAGGUACAAUUGAGGGGCUUGGAAUUGGAUUGAAUUGUUUUCGACUUCUAAUAAUACAAGGAAAUUUCCACAAGGCAUGGAUUCAACUUCGGCGUUAUAUCGCGAUAGCUGAAUUAAUGGGUUUGCCCAAGACAUUUCAAGCAAUUCAACUCAGCACCAUUGCCAGAGGAAACCUCGAUGAGAUGCAGCGUCACAGGGUUCAGCUAUGGGAAAGCAUAUGCGCGUUGGAUCGCCUAUUUGGAAUGUUUACCAAUCUGCCUCCAGGUACGACGAGAUACCAACAAAAUAUGUCUAAGGCUUUAGUUCUCGAUGGUAUCGUUCAACCAUGGGUGUAUCUUACCAGAUUAACCGAUAUUGCCGCCAAGAUUCAACAUCAGGACGAGAUUAAUACGAUUCAAGGUUUGAGCAGUAAACUUUACGCAACUGCGUUGGACCUGGCAUCACAGCUUAGGGCACUUGCAGCCAAGACCCCUGAUCUUUGGUGGGUCAGAUCGGAUAAAGUGAAGCCAGAUGAUAUCGUCCAGUUUAUGCAUCACUGUCUGCUCAUGAGGGUUUAUUUACCUUUCACAAUGGAGCAAAACCCCAGCGAAGAGAAUUAUUCCAGUCGCCUGGCUUGCAUGGCCGCGUGUGAACAAGUUGCACAACGCUAUCAAUUCCUGCGCCGCGGGCUUCCAUCUGGUUUUCUUUUGGGCCAUAUACUAGAUCUCCAAGUCUUCUCUGCGACAGUUGUGCUCCUCCUCACGACUCACGGCCCUCUUCCCGCGGAUCUCUUCAGGUUUAGUAGUGAUAAAGCUCGGAUCGAGAGUGAAGUUUCACAAGUAGCCAAGCUCAUGGGGGAAAAGGCGAAUGAUAUUACUCACUCUCACUUUGCCCGAAAUGGUGCUGCCACGAUCUGCUCCCUGAGGCGGCUGCUUCAGCAAGAUGACAACACUUCUCAAGAGUUGACGUUGAAAGUGCCGUUACUCGGGAAAGUCCACAUUCGACGCAAUGUUGGCGCAUCACAACCGCGACAGGAAACGACGGCGUUAUCUUCUAUGCAGGCCCCAUCACAACUAGGCCUGUGGUCUUCAAACGGGCAGAUGGUGCCUUGUCAGUUGAGGGCUGCGGUUGCUCAAACUAGUGACUUCGUUGAACCGACUUUGCAGACUGCACAAGAUUGGGAGUGGGAUAAUUUUUCGUGGUCCGUUGAGAACAACCAGCAUGACUUUUUCCAAGAUGCGUUGAUGACGGAUGACUUCGAUCAAUUUGUCACUUGGCAGAACACGGAGAUGAACUUUCCCUUCAAUGCUUGAUCAAAUUAUGUACAUUACGAACAAUCAAAGUAAAUUAGAGCUUUAUUGAAGCCUCAAUGAUAUAUCCCAACGC